AUGCUAACCUAAAUAAAGUUCUAAGUCAAAAAAUCUAUAAACAACGAAAUGCUAUAUAUGAUGGGUGGAAAAAUUAUUAGGAUGUAUAUACAAUAAUAAUGAUUUUAGUGACCAAUAAGAGACUUCAUAAAUAAUGACUAAUUUAGAACAAAUAGAGCAUCUUACUUGGUAAGGGGAAAGGAGUCAUAGCUUCUAAAAAAUAGGAAGGUGGACUGCAGAUUGGAAUUGGAAUUAUGAAGGAGUUGGAGGAUAUUAUUCUGAAAAUGGUUAGAAAUAAGGUUAAUGGAAAGAAAUGGCAUAGAACUUUGGGGAGUAUUUAUUAUUGGAAAAAUAUAAAAGGAAUGCAAAAGUUUAUGAAGUAGGAGAAUACGAAAAUGGAGUUAGAAUAGGAACUUGGAAUUAUGUGUUCGAAAAUAAAAGAUUGUAAAAUAUUUUUUGAAAAUUAGUGGUGGAGGAGUUUAUAAAGAAAAUGGGGUAAAAAAUAGUAAAUGGAUUGAAUUAAGUGAUAAUUUUUCAAGGUAUAAUUGAAUAUAAUUUAUACUUAUAGUUAGAGUUAAAUAACAUAUAAUGGUGAAUAUUAAGAUGGCAAAAAAUUUGGUGUAUGGACUACUAUGUACAGAGGACAUGGAUAUGAUGAAUUUAUAUAAAUGUAAAUAUCUAUUUUUUAUUUGUUAAGAGGCGGAGGAUAAUUUGAUGAAAAUUAAAAAAAUGGUGAGUGGAUAGAAUUGAGCAACUUUUUUAGCAAGUACUAUUUUGAAUUCAAUAAUAUUUAUAGUCUUAGUUAAGUAAUUUAUUAAGGUCAUUAUUUACAUGGAAAAAAAUCUGGUCAAUGGGAUACAAUGGCAAGGUUAUCUGAUGGAUUAAAGUUUGCAUAAAUGUAAAGAAUAAAUAAAUAAAAGUGGUGGGGGAUUCUAUGAUAAGAAUGGAAAGAAACAAGGUAAAUGGGUUGAUUUAUGUAAUUAUUUUUAGAGGUAUAUUAAUUUGAUCUCUAUAAUUUAAAGUUAUGUAUAAAUCCUCUACAACGGUUAAUAUCAAGACGACUUAAAAAUUGGAAAGUGGGAUACGAUAUUUAGAGAAUAUAGUAGUGACAAAUAUUGUGAGAUGUAAUUUGUGAUUAAAAAGCAAUAUUGUAGCGGUGGUGGAUCAUUUGAUGAGAAAGGAAUGAAAAUUGGUAAUUGGAUAGAAUUAAGUGAUGGAUUUUAUAGGUUUUUAGAAUAUCAUAUUAUUUCAAUAGGGAAUGUUAAAUCAUAUAUUAAGGUGAAUAUCAAAAUGGUUUAAAGGUAGGCAGAUGGGAGAUUAUGUAUAGAAAAAAAACUAAUGAUGAUUAUCAAAAGAUGUAAAUACAUAAAUAAAUUAUCAUUAAAGUGGGGGUGGUUUAUAUGAUCCAUGUGGAUUAAAGGAUGGUAUAUGGAUGGAACUAGAAAAUAGUUUGAGCAGGUAAUGAAUUUAAUAUAUUAAUAAAGAAAAACUUAAGUUAGUCAUGUAGGAUAAUAUAAAAAUGAUAAAAAAUAUGGUCUCUGGGAGAUUAUGUUUAUAGGAGAAAAAAUGUAAGAAUUAAAUUAUGAAAAACUUAGGGGUGGAGGUAUAUUCGAUGAAAAUGGAAUAAAAGAUGGACAAUGGAGAGAAAUAAGUGAUAAUUUUUCAAGGUUGUUGUAGAUUAUUAUUUCAAUAUAAUUUCGUAGAGAUUAACACAUCUUUUAUUAGGGAGAAUAUUAAAAGGGUAGAAGAAUUGGGAGAUGGGAUAUUGAGGAGAUAGUGGAAACAAGUUAUGAUCAUGAAGAUUUUACAUUUAAAUAUACAAUGUAUUUAUGAAAAUUAAACUAAAUUAAAAAUAGUGGAGGUGGAUUAUAUGAUGAUACUGGAUUAAAAGAAGGUAUAUGGCUAGAAUUGAGUCCAUUUUAAUAUUGGUAUUGAUUAAUAAUUAUUAGAUUAAUAAAGGUGUUAAAUAUUAUUUACUGGUGAAUAUAAGAAAGGUAAAAAAAUUGGGAUUUGGAAUACUUCUAAACCGAAUGAAUUGAUGUAAGUUUUCAAUGAUAAAUUAUUUAAAAUAUAUAGAUUUGGUGGGUUAUUUGAUGAAACUGGAAGGAAAGAUGGGAAAUGGAUAGAAUUGAAUGAUGGAUUUUGUAUUUAAAAAGGAGAAUACUAAAAUGGAUAGAAAAAGGGGAUAUGGGACAUAUUAAAGAGCAGAGGAUUGUGGGAUAAGGAAUAUGAGAAAAUGUAAAUAUAUAGCAUUUAAUAAACUUUAGUUCAGAAACAAGUUAUAUGGAUAAAAUUUGA